CCCAACCGCGCGGAGAAGGGAGCCGCCAGACCCACUCCUACCCUAACCGUCCCUCUGUGAAAUCUGCAUACGGAUGCCUCGCGCCGGGUCACGACCGUGCCGUUGUAGUUUCUGCCCCACGAGUGACGAAAGCAUGAGAAGGGCGGAGCUAAGAAGCAGCAUCCAGUAGGGGGACUGGGUGGGCGUUGCCCGUUCCAGGCGCCAGCCCUCCCCUCGGAGGGGGCGGAGCCAGGGAAAGCAGCCUCCAGUCAGGGGGCUGGGUGGGCGUGGCCUGUGCUGGGCGGUGCCCCGCCCCCCGGCGGUGAGGGGAUGUUCCGCGGCGGCGGGGGCUGCGCGGGGUCCCGAUGGUGUGAGGCGGCUCGCGGAGCCGCUAUGAACGGGGCGGCCCCUCAGCUCUUCGACCCCAAGGAGCGUGUGCUGAAGCUGGGCGAGAGCUUCGAGAAGCAGCCGCGCUGCGCCUUCCACACCGUCCGCUAUGACUUCAAGCCUGCAUCUAUUGAUACAUCCUCUGAAGGAGACCUUGAAGUUGGCAAAGGUGAACAGGUGACAAUAACGCUGCCAAACAUUGAGGGUUCAACUCCACCAGUAACAGUUUUCAAAGGCUCCAAGAAGCCUUAUCUAAAGGAAUGUAUCUUAAUUAUCAAUCAUGACACUGGAGAAUGUCGACUAGAGAAACUGAGCAGUAACAUCACUGUGAAGAAAACCAGAGCUGAAGGAAGCAGUAAGGUUCAAUCUCGUAUUGAGCAGCAACAGCAGCAAAUGCGAAAUGCCAGUAAGACUCCAAACAAUGUUAAAAAUUCUCCACCAAAAGAAAAGAUGUCUCCAUCUUCUCCUAUGGACGACAUUGAGAGAGAGCUAAAGGCUGAGGCCAGUGUCAUGGACCAGAUGAGUAGCUCUGAUAGUUCGUCCGGAUCAAGAAGUUCUUCAUCCUCCUCAUCCAGCAGUGAAAAUAGUUCUAGUGAUUCAGAAGAUGAGGGGGCUAAGCCUUCUCUGCCUAUGUCAAUGCCGUACUUGCAGCCACAGCCUGCUAUGUCUGCCAUACCACAACAGGCUAUCCGUGACAUGGAUGCCAGUCAUAACAAAUCUCAAGAGAGUGGUGGCCAUAUGAUGAAUACACUAAGAAAUGACUUGCUGCUGAGUGAAUCUGGAAGUGACAGUGAUGACUGAACAAGAUUUUGGCCUUAAUAAAGCUGCAUCACCUCUCUUUGCUAAAGCUGUCAUAGCAUCUAUUUUGCACUAAGAUUAGAUUACCCAAGAUUGAAAUGAAUGUCCUCAAUUUUUGGAAAUAGAGACAUCUUAAUUUUCUACUGGCACAUCAGGUCUAUGGUACAGCAGCACUCAUGUCUAAUCACUGCUCUGGGUACUUGUUUGUCUCUUCCAAAUUACUGUAUUACAGUAUCGGUUCUUAUGAACGGAUUCUGAUUUUUGCCUCAACCACCUGUUGUACUUGAAACUGACUCAUAACAGCUAGUUACUUUAUAUAAUAGAUAUGGGAAUGGGGGAAUUUCUAGUAUUUAUGGAGGCAAGUUUCCCUCCUGUCCUUACAGUUUAAUGCUGAUUUCAUAACUUUGUUUUAUUUUUAUUUUUAUUUGAGAGGGAUGGGAUGGAAGGAAGAACAGCUGAGAUCUGCUGUGUAAGCUAUUGUUGUUCUGUUCACAGUUCAUAACUUUAAGGAAAUUGCUGAAUAAUAUGGUCCACUCUUGCAGUUACAGUUUACGACACAUCAUUGAAUUUUUAGUUUCAUUGUAUUAUAGGACUUUUUAUAUUUCUGAGCCUUACAUCUCUUAAGGGAACUCGUCCUUUUCCCUGCCUUUACUUGGACCAGCUGGACUCCUUACAGCUUCUUCCUAUCUGUAUUUAGAGAACUACAAAGACAGCAAUGAGUUUCCUUCAUUUAAUUCUGUAACUGAAAUCAUAUAAUUCCUUUCUAGGAGUUUAAUACAAUUAAUUUAAUAAAGCAAUAUUUAUAAUUUUAA